UACAAAAUUUGUUUGUCAUUUCGAAGCCGCUUGUCAUUCCCCAAGCAAUUUUUGCAACUUUUCUUGUUCGACUUAAUUAUAGCAAAUAAUUUAGUGUAAUUUCACGAUGGCUUUUAUGGGUGACAUGAUGAAUCCUGCUGCGUUUUGGCAAAAUGGUCCCUCUCCAGGUGCUUUCUACAACUUCCCAGGGAACUCAUUUUCAUACGGUCCAGUUAACCACACUGUACAAGAUUUCAAAGCACACUCGGCCCAGCCCAUCACAACAACAACCACAGUCAUCGGCGUCAAGUUCAAUGGAGGCUGUGUGGUGGCCGGAGACAUGCUUGGGUCGUACGGCUCGCUGGCGCGCUUCCGCGACUGCCCGCGUGUUACUAAGGUCAAUGACCUGAUCCUGCUGGGGAAUGGUGGAGACUACGCUGACUAUCAGUACUUGAAGGACAUUAUUGAACAGAAGAUUAUUGACGAGCAAUGCAUUGGAGAUGGUCUGCAGCUGAAGCCCAAGUCUCUCCACUGCUGGCUGACCCGCGUGCUGUACAACAAGAGAAGCAAAAUGGACCCCCUCUGGAGCAACUACAUCGUAGCUGGCAUGCAGGACGGAGAGCCAUUCCUCGGCACGGUCGACAAGCUGGGCACAGCCUACGAGGACGCUGUUGUAGCCACCGGCCUCGGCGCUUAUAUGGCCACCCCGCUGCUGCGCGACGCCGCCGACAAGGGGCCGUUAGACCAGGAGGCCGCUAAGGCCCUGGUCCGUAAAUGUAUGGAGGUCCUUUUUUACCGCGACGCGCGUUCCUUCUGGCGCUACCAACUGGGCGUGGUCACCGCCGCGGGGGUCACCAUCGAGGAGCCAGAGGAACUGAAGGCUGAUUGGACAUUGGCGCACAUGAUUGAGAUGGUUUAAGAUUUAAAUAAAUUCUUCUAAUAA